UUAAAACUCAGUCUCCUCCCCCGUCUUCAGUACCCGCUCCGCCCGGUAGGAGUAACUGUUGGUGGGGGGCGUGUUUCAUCAAGCAACCGCUAAGCGUCUGUCGAACCAAUUCUACUGUACCAAAGAAAAGCACCACCAGCCACCAGCGACGGCUGGAACGGGACGAUGUGAACCUCACCUAAAUACUGCACGUUAAUACGGGACGUUCUGCAUCGUUCACAAAACUGGCCUUUCAACUAACUGAUGGUGUCUGUAGGUGCUCAGGAGCUGUGAAUCAUGGGACGCAGCUGUGAGGAGAGGAGAAGGAGCCCCCAUUAGAACACUCCUCCAUCGCCCCCAAUGGCCAACCACCUGGAUCUGCUGAGUGAGCUGCACUACUUGGAGAAGGCGCCCAGCCUGGAGCGUCUGCGGACCGCCCAGAAACGACGCAACCAGCAGCUGAAGAAAUGGGCCCAGUACGAGAAGGAGAUGCAGAGCAAGAAGCGCAAGGCGGACAGGAAGAGGAACGCACCGCAGCUCCCCCGCAAGAGGGUCUCCUUCACAGCCAGCGUGGCCCUGCUGGAGGCUUCAACCAGGAGCGACGCCGAAGAAGUGCGUUACUUACUGAGGAACAACGUGGAUCCCAAUCUCUGCAAUGAUGAUGGCUUGACUGCCCUGCAUCAGUGCUGCAUAGAUAACUACGAAGAGAUCGCCAAGAUCCUCCUGAACCGCGGGGCCAACGUCAACGCGCGGGACAACGAGCUGUGGACCCCCCUCCACGCCGCGGCCACGUGCGGCCACGCCAGCCUGGUCAAGGUCCUCAUCCAGCAGGGCGCUGACCUGUUGGCGGUGAACUCGGAUGGCAACAUGCCCUACGACCUGUGUGAGGAUGACCCCACCCUUGAUAUCAUCGAGAUGGCCAUGGCCAAUCGAGGGAUCACCCAGGAAAUGAUCAACGAGAUGCGGGUGGCGGUGGAGAAGCGCAUGAUCUCAGACAUCCAGGAGCUGCUGCAGAGCCGUCAGGACCUGAGCAAGACAGACGAGCAGGGGGCCACACUGCUCCACAUCGCUGCAGCGAAUGGCUACAUCCAGGCCGCAGAACUCCUCUUGGAGCAGGGAGCACAGGUGGAUAUCAGAGACAUCGACGGGUGGCUGCCACUCCAUGCUGCAGCCUGCUGGGGGCAGAUACAGGUGGCUGAGUUGCUGGUUUCCCAUGGAGCCAGUCUGAAUGCCAAAACCUACCUGGAUGAGACUCCUAUCGACCUGUGUGAGGACGAGGAGUUCAAAGCCAUGCUGCUGGAUCUGAAGCACAAGCAUGACAUCAUCAUGAAGUCCCAGCUCACACACAAGACUUCCCUGUGUAGGAGGACCUCCAGUACGGGCAGCCGGGGGAAGGUGGUGCGCAGGGCCAGUGUCUCCAAUCGCAACAAUCGCUACAGAAAGGAGUAUGAGACCGAGGCCAUCGUGUGGCUGGGGGGGAAGAAGCCGGAGGAGAGGGAGGGGGACGAGCGGGAGAGAGAGUCCGAUCAGGAGAACAUCGUUCCGCAGAAAGCAACACCAGAGAAGUCCAGGAGCUCCAAGCCAGCCAAGGAACAGAAACCCGCUGGCAGCACUCCGAACGGGAAGAUCUCCUUAUCCAGCACAGCCACACCCCCCCCUUGCAAUGGAGAUGCCCCCAGGAGCCCCUCGACCCCAGAGACCCCCAGCUCCCUCACAGACCCCUGGGCUGCCUACAGCGAGCGGGGCCACCAGACCCUGGCGGAGCUGAAGAGACAGAGAGCCGCCACCAAGCUGCUCAGUCACCCGCUGCUCAACGGUCACCUCGCCAACGGGAGCGGCCCGGCUGAGUCACGUCUGCCCCUGGUCUCCUCCAAUGGGAGCUCGGCUUAUUACACAGUGACCAGCGGGGACCCGCCCCUUCUGAGGCUGAAGCAGCCAGUGGAGGAGAUCAACGAGAAGGCGCAGGGCUGCUGUACCAUUUCAUAGCGGUUAGCUUGUGGGUUAGGGGAUUCCAAGUGAUGUCACACAAGGGGGCGGGGCAAGCAGAGAUUCUGUACAGGGUCUGAAGCAAGUCACACUGCAGGUCAUUGUCUGGUCAUUCUCCUUAAAGAACACUGCAGGUUUGAGGAUGGGUAGUUGAUGGGAGCUGAGGUAAGAACAAUGAGGAUACCACUGUAGAGCACUGUAGCUGUGAGUCCUCCAAAGUGAACGAAGACUCCCCUUCACCUAGUGACCACCGCAAGAGAGAAACCUGCUGUCUGUCACUGGGGGUGAUAUGUAGAAUAUUCCAUUACUUCAUGCUUAGCUUCGGUGAGGUUUCAAAGCAGAAAACGUGCCAAUGAAUUCAAUUAUUCAUAGAGCAGCGUGUCUGAGAAACCAAAGGAUUUACAGACGCAGAGCUAAGACCAAGCUUUACCUGAUCUGAAUCCCAGCUAGAAGACAAAUACACAUUUAUUGUCUGUGCUUCAGAAAUGAUGUAUUAAGAAAAAAAAAACGAUUCUCAUGUGACUGGACACAGCAAUGGACUGGAAAUGUUACAUUUUGAAGCUUGGUCUUUUCAUGAGCAUGAGCUGGCACUCUAACCGCUGAGCCACGUGUAUAAAUUGUAAAUCAUACUGUGCAAAGCUGUAAAUAUGUUAUUAUUUUUUAAUGUAAAUGCUUAAAUUAUCUGUAGUUUACCACAACUGAUAAUAUUUUCGAUCUAUAUUUGUAUAAAUAUUUUGUAAAUAUAUCUAUCUAUCUAUAUAUAUCUAUGUAUAUGUAUAUGUCUCUAGUGUUACAGACAGUGUAAGGUCAGUAGUGCAGUUGUGCUGAAAGCCCCCUCCUAGCGCUGAAGCACAGGGAUCAGUGUUAGCGUGCUGUUCUACUGUAAAUAGAUACCGCACUGCACAGAACUAUAUUUACUCCUGCAUACGCUAGGCUAAGCCAGUAAGCUCUUAUGAAAUGACAAUGCUUCUCUUCAUCAAUACUGUUAGAGAUGUGUAAGAGGUGCAGCGUUAUAUGGACCCAAUGUUAUCUACAGAACUGGUCAGCUACCCCCUGCAGUUACAGCUGAGGGACGCCCAUCAUCAUGCAUGGACAAUGUGUCCUCUGUGACCAUGGACAACUGACUGCACGCCUUCAGUAGCAAAAGUUACUGACCCUAGGGGAGCAAGGACGACCCUUUCAUUUCUCAUGCUAUGCGAGUGUUGGGGUUCUGUUGGAACUGCAGACAAACCCUGGGCACAGAUCAAUAGGGACAGCCGCAGGGAUAAGCAGGAACAACAUCUGUGUCGCUGUGUGACAUUUAAACAAACUGUACUCGCACACAGUGGAGGAAGCCUGAGCCCGCGGCGUGCCACUUCAAAGCAGUCAGGGGGCAGUACAUCCUUUAAACGGAGGGUUAAAAGCAAAUUACAUGUUUUAAACGGUGUUAUCAAAACGUGGAGCCAAGUAAGUUAGAGGCUGUGUUUGAGCCUCAUGUUUGUAAGGUGGCUACCCUCUUUAUUUCAAGGAAUCCACGUUCCAUUCCAGAACAUUCUAUCAGUUCUAAAGAGAACGCUGAAAUUAGGAGAGGCAUUCCAGGGCAUCUUAACCAAGCAGGACCAAGAGGAGGAACAGCUGUAUUGCAACUGAGUAGUGUAAUAAAAAUACUGGUAGGUUCAUCGAUGACAGUGCCAUAGCAGGUAAUUAUUGUACAGUGAUCAGUGCAAUGUGUUUCUACCCAGAUUUCAUACCAUGUGCUUUUCAACACUGAUGUGAAGGUUGUGUGAGGGUUGCCACUUGCAGAGUCUAUCCUGGUUCUUGUGCACUCUGGUAUAUGAGGCUGAUUAAAGUGACAGAGAGGAGAUGGAAUUCUUGAACGAUAAAAAAAAAGACAAACUACUGAUUUUGUAAGUACUGGCAAAAUAUUGAUGGUUGUAUCAACAGGUUUUAAAUAAAUUGUAUAUUUUGUUCA